UUGAGCGAUGAAAGAACGCACGUGCUGAAUUUAGAAGGCUUUUGCCGAAGGUUUCGUCAGCGUCGUUUUCGUUUCGAGAGACAUGUUGUGAAAGAGUGCAAAGAAUCAAGUUACAGAGAAAAACGCUGUUGCUUCGUUUGUUGUUUUUAGCAGAUUAUAUACCAUCAAGGGAAUUUUAUUUUACUUCAGUUUUUAAAAGUUUUAGAUUUUAUGAACCUUUAUGUGGGUGAUAUGCUACAUUUUCUGAGAAGGAUAUGUUUACACUGAGACAUCGUGGAUAGUGUUGUGAAUUCUCUGUAAUCGAAUUUCUGAUUACGUUGCAAUGGAAAAAGAAAAAUCUGGACUUUUAAUGUAUUAUCUGUGCAUGCGAGUAAUUUGUCAUCACUGUACUUCUGUAAUAGCUAGCUACUUCAAAUAUAAUUCGUUAGUAAAAUUUUGAUACCAUAGUGGAUCAUUAGACUUGGAUAGAUCAGAAUUAUUUCAUAUACUGCGUACAUCAUAUGCCUUUCCUAGCUGAUUAGAUACUGUAACUGAAUGAUUGUACUGUACUAGCUGUUCAUAGAAGUUUUGAUUUGUUAAAAAUGAACAUAAUACUUCUGACAAACAGAAUUUUGCUUGUGCAUUAAAUUUCACUACAUUAAUUUUACUUUCAGUCUUUGAAUCUGUGGAUAACAAGUGUUAAUAUUUCCUCAUCCGUUUCACUGUUGAGUUUAUAUUCAAGAAGACCAGAAGAGAUUAUUUUAUUUAUAAACAAAUAUUUAAAGGCAAAAUUUAUGGAUAGCAAGUUUUUGCAAUUUUUGUCCCUUCUCUCAAUUAAGAAGCAAAGCCCACUUCCUAAGCACUCUAAGAGCCGUUUGAAUAUACCGAUAAUAUAAAUAGCCACUUGCUGAGUAGAUAAUAUAUAACUGAGAAAUGAUUUGAUCAUGUUUUACUAUAACGUUAUGAUUCCACAAUAUCCGCCCGUAAUCUAUCCAGCCAUGUACAAAGGUAAAAAGAAAAAGAAGAAAGCAACUCCGUUUGUUCAUUCUGUUUAUUCGUAUAAAAAAAAGCGGUAUUCUUUCGCUUAUUAUUUAAAAUACGUGUUAUGGAGGAAACUGCGACGUUAUUGGAAGAGAAAGAAGUCUAAAUGCAAGAAAAAAAAGCGUCCAAAAUCGUCUAGUAAAUCUGUGCUUGGCAAUCCAGGUAGCGAAGAAAAGAUAGCACAGAGGGAUUUCUGGGGCUCUAGAUAUGGUUCACAAUGGUUAUUUGCAAAGGCCAAAUUGCAAGAGCAACAAGCUAACCAUCACCGUUUGAUAGAAAUCGUAGAUGCUUUUAAAACUAUGGACUUGAAAUAUGCUAGCAAAAGGCAUGCUGCAGUGGCUGAAAAUCGGGCUGUUACAUUUCGGCAGAAACAUCGACUGUCUUCCAGCAAGCAGAACAGCUGCUGCGAUAGCCAGCUUCCUUAUAAAAGCCCUCGAUGCCCUUGUACCCGAAGACGAGGGCACAUAGAGAAAAGCGGAUUCGAUACUGAUGACAGUGAUUGGUCAUUAUCUACUCUGCAAUUUCAGCAUAAACCGUAUUCGAGAUGGCCACCGCAUGUGCCUUCCGGUGCGCGACAUUAUUGUGGUAAAAAAGAUCAACUGGCAACAAUACUCGCGCGACAGCAUGCGUAUGUUUACAAUUGGUUACAUGUGGACCAGCUUCAGUCUCGGUGCCACAUAUCGUAUUCUCGAGAUUAUUUGGAUAAAGUACAAGCCAGAGUAUCACGUGCUCCAACUCCGCGCCGUCGGAAAGAUGAUGGUGACAGCCAGGUAUCUUGCAGCUGUAGUGUGACAAGUGAUUGUUGGAGCACGCUUAGUCGCCGUGAAAGAGCCAAAGUGUUAAAGCGCCAAACAAGGGCAAAGGAAAAGGCUUCGAUUCUCUGGCUUUUAUCAAAGGCAUUUGAGGGAGUGAUACCGAAUGACUUAAGAGAGCCAUUUUACAGAGACCAAGAUAGAGUUCGCCGAUUGAAACCAAAGAUUGUACAUUCAUUAGCCAAUGCUGAAUUAUACUGCCUUGCCCUAGUCAACAUUUAUGCGGACCCAAAUUAUCAUAACCUUGAUCACCAAGGUAUAGUACAAGCUCUCAUGAGGAAAGGCAUAUGUCUCAUGGAAUCGAGAGAUGCUCCUCUUACUGAAACAACUUUAGUGCAGACAGCACCGAUUCGAUUGAAUGCUCAUAUGGCAGUCAUUGAUGGAAUUAUGUCAUUGUUCAUAAAAGAAGUGCUUAUUCCUGAAAAGAUUGUUGAUGUUGUCAAGAAGUUUUCAUCUGUAAAUGUCAACAGGGAAAUGCCAUCAAAUUCUGAGGAAGCUGCUGUGUUAUGGAUUAACAAAUGUUGUCGAGCCCUUGAACAAGAAAUCAAAUCUGAAUGUAAUACAGAGGAAGGAAAAGUACCGAAAAUUCCAGUAGUCCAAGAAAUCUCAGAUAUAAGUGAUGGUUGCAGUCUUGCUGCUGUCAUAUGUUAUUAUUGUCCUAGUUAUUUUAGGUGGCAAGUUAUGCAUCCAGGAAGCAAAAAUGCUCCUCUUGCUGGUACUGUAAUAUCAUUGUCUUGA